AUGUUUAUAUUUAUAGUGUCGUUUGUGUUGUUAGCGCUCUAUUACUAUGGUGUAAGAACAUUUGAUUACUGGAAAAAUAGAGGUGUCAAACAUGCCAAGCCCUUACCAUUUGUUGGAACUAAUUUAAAACAGUUCGUUAGACAAGCCAGUAUAGCUAUGAUGGCUACGGAAACAUACAACAGUUACCCCGAAGAGAAAGUUGUAGGUUUCUUCAGAGGCACGGCUCCAGAACUUGUGAUAAGGGACCCAGAAUUAAUAAAACGUGUACUAACAACUGAUUUCCUAUCUUUUCAUCCCAGAGGACUUCAUCCACAUAAAAUAGUUAUAGAACCUCUAAUGAAAAAUAUUUUCUUUGCUGAUGGGGAUCUAUGGCGAUUAUUAAGACAGAGAUUUACACCCGCAUUUAGCACAGGUAAGUUAAAGGCCAUGUUUCAUAUUAUCACUGAGAGAGCUGAAAAAUUACAAGCUAUUACUGAAGAAGUAGCAGAUCGUGAAUAUUAUGACGUACGAGAACUAAUGGCACGUUAUACUACCGAUUUUAUUGGAGUUUGUGCUUUUGGAAUUGAUAUGGAUUCGUUAAAUGAUGAAAACUCACAGUUUAGAAAACUAGGAAAAAGAAUUUUUCAGAGGAACUUUAGGGAUACUGUUAAUGCAGCUUUAAAAAUGAUGUUUCCUGAAUUAUGUAAAAAUUUACAUUUUCUAACACCCGAAUUGGAAACGGAAAUGUCAUUCCUUGUCCAAAAUGUCCUAAAACAAAGAAACUAUAAACCAUCAGGUAGAAACGAUUUUAUAGAUCUUAUGUUAGAAUUAAAACAGAAAGGAGUAAUGAUUGGAGAAUCAAUUGAGAAAAAGAAUCCAGAUGGCACACCUAAAAUUAUUGAACUUGAAAUGGAUGAUUUACUUAUGACCGCCCAAGCGUUUGUUUUCUUUGGGGCUGGGUUCGAAACAUCAUCGACAGCAUCUAGUUACACGUUACAUCAGUUAGCUUUUAACCCAGAUUUCCAAGAAAAGGUACAAAAAGAAAUCGAUCUGGUUUUAGCAAGACACAAUAAUAAAAUUACGUACGAUGCUAUCAAAGAGAUGAAAUACUUAGAGAUGGCAUUUUACGAAUCCAUGAGAAUGUACCCGUCAGUGGCAUUUUUAAUAAGAAUGUGUGCUGUACCAAAGUAUACUUUCCCUGAAAUUAAUCUUACUAUUGACGAAGACGUUAAAGUAAUAAUUCCUAUUCAAGCGAUACACAGGGAUGAAACAUAUUUUCAGGAUCCGAAUAAGUUUUAUCCUGAACGGUUCAGUGAUGGAUACAAACAAGAUACAAAAAAUUUUGUGUAUUUGCCGUUUGGUGAAGGUCCUCGGUCUUGCGUUGGUGCCAGAUUGGGCCAAAUGCAGUCAUUGGCUGGUUUAGCUGCUGUCCUUCAUAAAUACACCGUGGAGCCAGCAGCCUGUAGCGAAGAGAAUCCUUUACCAGAGCCGUCGGGUAUUGUCUCAGAAGGAUUUAUUAAUGGACUCCCUCUUAAAAUUAGGAGGCGUGAGAAGCUUGCAACUGUUUCAUAG